ACGAGACAUCAAAUUCAAUGUAAAUACGUUUCUUUUAGCAAAGUGUCGACUGUUGAUCCACUCCCCUUGUGCAUAAGUUUUCUUAACUGGUUUUAAAUGUCUAAAGUCACAACCACUUUGCUCAUCAGCUUUUUUUGCUUUAUAGUCACGGUAUACGGAGCUCCUUUACUAUCCUCCGAACAAGGCAUAGAACGAACUGCAGAUACACCGGCAAACUAUGGAAAUAGCUAUGAUUCAGGAAACGGAUAUACUCUUACUUAUAUGCUACAACCACAUAUUCCAUUUAUUCCCAUAGGCAGUCCAUCUGUUGCUAGUUCUAUUUCUUACGCUGCAAAUCAAUAUGCUCAGGCACUGUCUAAUGCCAACGCCAUUUCAUUUCUUGGAGGAAAUGCAACUGCUCACACCAAUGCAACUGUUCAAGGCCAACUUGCAUUUUCCAACGCUACUGCAACUGCUUCUGGCCUUGGAUUGGUAGAAACCGAUGCUGCAACAAGUUCUGGUAGCAGUUACAGUGGAAAUAUUGAGAUUGCAUUUACUGUAGGAGGUACAGUAACCGCUCACAGCGAUUCUUUCUCAGCACCUGGUUUCGGAACUGUAACUAUUUCAGGCUUUGGUGGAGCUGGUCCAUUUGGUAUGGCCUUAUUUGGCAGCUAUCCUUCCUCAGGUUCUUCACGAUUUCUUUUGCAUAAUGCAAGAAAAGCAGGAGAUAUCUUUUAAUCAGGAUCGCGAUGUCGACAACUAAAGAGAUACAUCAAGAGUUUUCAGAUGCUCGCAGCGACAAAGAACGCUGCAUACAUAAGAUGGAGAAUUGUUGUUGUUAUGGUUGCUUGAAAUAAAGCAUGUUGGCUCCCUGACAAAAAUACAA